AUGGGAAUGAGUCGCCAGCAGCGUCCCAUCCAGCCCUCUUUCACCAAGUCCCUCUGCCGGGAGUCCCACUGGAAGUGCCUGCUGCUCUCCCUGCUCAUGUACGGCUGCCUGGGGGCCGUGGCCUGGUGCCACGUCACCACGGUGACCCGCCUCACCUUCAGCAGCGCCUAUCAGGGCAACAGCCUCAUGUACCAUGACAGCCCCUGCUCCAACGGCUAUGUCUACAUCCCCCUGGCCUUCCUGCUCAUGCUGUAUGCUGUCUAUCUGGUGGAGUGCUGGCACUGCCAAGCCCGCCAUGAGCUGCAGCACCGUGUUGAUGUAACCAGUGUCCGGGAGCGUGUGGGCCGCAUGCAGCAGGCCACACCCUGCAUCUGGUGGAAGGCCAUCAGCUACCACUAUGUCCGCCGCACACGCCAAGUCACUCGAUACCGCAACGGAGACGCCUACACCACCACCCAGGUCUAUCACGAGCGCGUCAACACGCACGUGGCGGAGGCCGAGUUCGACUACGCCCAGGCCAGCAUGGGGGACGACGAGGACGACGAGGAGGAGGCCGGGCCGCCGCCGCCCUACCACGACGCCCUCUACUUUCCGGUUCUCAUCGUGCACCGGCAGGAGGGGUGCCUGGGCCACAGCCACCGGCCGCUGCACCGCCACGGCUCCUGCGUGGAGACCUCACUGUGACCAAUGGCUCUCGACAAGCCCGCUGCCCUCCCUGCUGCCCCUUGCCGGACUGUGUCCCUGCCUGUAGCAGGGGGUCCCGAUGAUGACUGAGGCUGUGCUGAGCACGGAGGGGGUGGACGGAGGCAAGGGUGAGCGGGAAGACCCCAUGGGGCUGAGACCCCCGCCUUCCCUGUACAUAACGAGAAAGAUGGGUGGGAGGGGUCGGCAGUUCCCGGAGAAUUCCACUGGGGCGGAGUCGGCUCCUUCCAGCCCCGCCCCCGAGUUCCUAAGGGGACCCCUUCCUCCCUACACGCACACUCCAGGUUCCCGCCCAGCCUUCUACAAUCUUCUGACUGUUCGGUGGCGACUGUGUUGUGGGACCCGCACUGGGCCUCGUCUUAAGUGAGAGGCGUUUGCUGUGCGGCUGGGGAGGUUCAGAGGCGGCGGGGAGGGGAAAUUGGGGCUCUCCCUCUUUCACUGCCUGGCUCCCCAGCCCCACUCUCUACCGAGGGGCCGUGGUCUGGUGAACAGCCCGGCUGGCUUCCAACCAGCUAAUGAAUUCAGUGGGUCUGAGGCCGGGCCCGGUGUCAGCCCCCAUCUCAAAACCUUGGACAUGUUGCUACCCUCCUCCUGGCGUGUGCCCCAGAGACCGGGGUUUCCUUUCUGCCACACCCACCUCUGUUGUUUAUCUCACUGGGCCCCUGGAGUUUGGGUCCCAGGGAGACCACACCCCACACAGAUGUCCCUCCCGUCCCUCCCCUCUUGCUCCUUGGCGCUGAGAGCUGCUGCCAGGGCGCCAGGGGCAGGACAGUGUCCCUCGGUCCUUUCCGAGGCCUCUGGGCAGCAGCCGCCUCCCCUGGCUUCUGGGAGGGCACUCCCUGCAGAGUGGGUGAGAUCCCAGCCACGCAGCAUUCCGUAAAGUUGGCCAAGGUGCAUGACUGAGCAGGGAGAUUGGGAGAGGGACCUGAGUGACCGGGCGCUCUGGAAGCAGAUGGGAGUCAGAGGAGAGGGCAGUGGAGGGCAGAGUGAAAGGGGGUGGCCCACACAUUGCCCCUGCAGGGCUGAGGACAUUGUCACAAGUCCCCGUUGGAGAAACACUCAAUUCCCGUGGCAGGUCAGACAGAGCCAGGAAUUCUCUAAAUCUUGCCUGACCCCUUCCCCCUCCCCUAUCCCAGUGAGCUGAAGCAGCCCUGCUGUGUCCCAGGUUCUUCAAAGGGGCGUCCUGCCAUCACCACCACAGGGCCCUGGCCCCACAUCUGGUUCCCCCAGAGCUCUGAUGUCGCCUUCACUCCCCACACUCUCACCCUUACGUGCUUCAGUGUGCAUGUCAGUGUACAAUCCUCCCACCCCCACCCUCCCUCCCAACUCUCCCAGCUAAAGUUUUCACAGCCGACUUAGAGCCUAGGGGUGGAGCUCAUAUUUCAAGCUGGAGAGGAAAACCCUUGGGCCGCCUGACAUUGCUCAGCCCCGAUGCUUCUCAAUUCUCCGGAGCCAUCCAUCAGAGCUCCUUCCUCCCCUCCGGCAGCCUCUCCCAUCUCCCUCCAGCCAGGCUGGGCCUGCAGCCUCCAAGGCAUGGCCUGCACCUAUGCAACAUCUCUGGCUCCCCUGCCCUCCUUUUCUGGGGGGAGCUCGGGAGGCACAGAUUGUGGGGCCACCACACUCUGUGGCCCACUGCGGUUGGGCUUUAUUUUCCCGUGGAGAUGGCUGAAUGGGAAGGGAGAGGAGGCCGAAGGGGAGGCUUGGGCAGGAGGGAACAGCUGCCAUUAUAAUUCCCUGGGCAGCAGUGCCUGCCUGCCAGCACUGAACCCGCCUGGACCCUGAGUCUGUGCUCCUCGGGGGCCUGGCGGUCGGAGCACCCCUUUCUCCUCUGAGCAGACAUCUGUGAGGUACAGAUGGUGAGCUGUGGCCUCAGGCCCCAGUCCUCGGCCAGCUGGCAUGUCUUGCCCUCGUGUGGUGGCAGCCUGGCCCCCUCCUGGCUCCAAGGAGGGAGGAACUCAGCUCCUCCUCCCUCUGGCUCGUUUCUGAGACAGAGUCAAAGCUGGGAGGAGGGAAAGGGAGGCCCUAUUACUACUUUUGCCUGGACUGACCAUUUCUGCCCAGGUCUCACACAGACAGCCUCACCUCCCACACACGCACAGACUUAGACACCAAGUCUUUGGUCUAUUUCCUUGGUAGCUUUAUUGAUUGCCAGGGAAAAGGAAAACCAGAAAAUUAAUUACUCUCUAAAAUUAAACUUUACACUGAAUGUUCUUGUUUCUCUAAUUAGAACCUCUGCUAGCAGCUGUGGCUAUGUACACACACACACACACACACACACACACACACUCACCCUCACACCUACGCAUUUGCACUCUGGAACUGUUAGAGGGUGUCAGGCACAGACAGACUCUAGGUUGCCCGGACAGGCACACAUGUGCAGUCACUCCCAAGCCCCCUUUGGUGCUCUGCUCAGCGCCUGCUUGUUGGAAGGAGUCCCCAGAGAGCAGGCACCCUGAGGCUGUGGUGGCAGCCCAUGGCCCACCCUUUGAAAACAGAUCUGGAGGUUCUGGAGUCCCUCAGCCUGAGGAGGAUGGGAGAUGGGGCUCAGCCUGGAGCCAUGAGUCAGGUCCUCUCGUGGCCGCCUGGGUGGAUGUGGUUUCUGUGGGUGUGGCUCCCGGGGGGGGCAGCCACAGAGGGAUGGGGUCUCCUGGAGGGCACCUGGAAGGCUUCAUGUGUCCUGGGCACAAGGGCUUGUGGGGUGGGCGUGGCCUGGCUGGGAAGACAGGUCUCUGUCAAUUGGGUGCAUCACACUGUGGCCUUUCUGUCAUGGAUUUCCAAGCGCAAAGAUUGUACAAAUCAAACCGGUGGAAAAUAAAGUUUCGGAUGACUCACUGA